ACAGGAAACACCAGCGGAGAGAGAACCUGCCUCCACCCGAGACCACUCCGCUUCAACUCAAUGUUUUAAAAACUCCAACAAGUGAUUCUUUUUUUUAAAUAGUAUUUAAUCAUGUCUGCCGACGCCUAUCCGGUCACCGCGGAACACUCGGGGCUGGUAAAGUUCUCCUCCGCUCUGUUCUACGCCGGCAGCUCGUUCCUGAUCACCGUGGUGAACAAAACCGUGCUCACGAGCUUCAGGUUUCCCUCCUACCUGUGUCUGGGCAUCGGCCAGAUGAUCACCACCAUCGCUGUUCUUCAUGUGGCCAAGAUGAGCAAAACGGUGCAGUUUCAGGAUUUUGACAGAAGCAUUCCUCUAAAAAUUUUCCCGCUUCCUUUGCUGUACGUGGGGAACCAUAUAACAGGACUGGCCAGCACCAAAAAACUCAGUUUACCCAUGUUUACAGUUUUACGGAAAUUCACCAUCGUGAUGACCAUGAUCUUAGAGGCACACAUACUGAGAAAAACAUUUUCCAAACGCCUGAUGUGCAGCGUUGGGGCGAUCGUCUUUGGUGCCAUGGUCGCUGCAAGCUCUGACCUGGCCUUCGAUGUGGAGGCCUACACUUUCAUCCUGCUCAAUGAUGCCUUCACGGCUGCCAGCGGUGUAUACACCAAGAAGAAACUCGGCGCUGAGGGCCUGGGGAAGUACGGCGUCUUAUUCUACAAUGCGCUAAUCAUUGUCAUCCCCACUGUCUUGGCAAGUGCAUUUACAGGAGAUCUACAUAAGGCGGUCUCAUUUCAGGACUGGGCAAAAGCCACGUUUGUUGUUUGCUUCCUGAUGUCCUGCUUCAUGGGGUUUGUGCUGAUGUAUUCCAUCGUCCUGUGCAGCUACUAUAACUCAGCACUGACGACUGCUGUAGUGGGAGCGGUAAAGAACGUUGCAGUAGCUUUUAUUGGCAUCUUUGUGGGCGGUGACUACAUGUUCUCCUGGACUAAUUUCAUCGGCCUCAGCAUUUGUAUGUCAGGGGGACUUCUGUACUCGUUUAUCACCUUCACCAGCAAAUCGUCUGAAAGUAACGCACAGGAGGCUCUAGAGAUGAAGAUUCACAUCACAGAAGACUCAACAAAGAAGUUCUCUGCCAACUAGAAGGACACUAUUUCCACCACUUGGUGGCGUAGUUCUGCUUCAUAUUGGAGCACAAAUAUGGCUUCUACUUUUAUGUGUUUUUACAAGUCAAUUAAUGUAUUUCCCAGUCUAUUUAUAAGAAGAAUAAAUUGACAAGAAGUGCACGUCGA